UGUGUCAAUUUGAAAUCACGCACGCACGCGCACGCUGCGGUUGUUGCUUUGGUUGGUGUUCACACGUGGGAAAUAAAUAAUACAACAAAUAAAUUGAAAUGGGUAAAGUGAAACAAGAGCCUGUAGACCAGGAUGAGCAAGGCGAUGUCUCCAUCAAAAGCGAGCCUCAAAACUACGAAGACAAAGUCGGCCACUGCAGUGUGAUCGCCAAGCCUAUGGCGCCGAAGAAACUUAGCAAAAAGAUCUACAAACUAAUCAAAAAAUCAAGCGGCCACAAGAACUACAUCAGAAACGGAUUAAAAAUCGUACAGAAACAGCUCAGGCUAGGAGAGAAAGGGAUCGUCUUCUUUGCUGGCGACAUCUCACCCAUAGAAAUAAUGUGCCACCUGCCCGGUGUGUGUGAAGAGAAAGACGUUCCAUACUGCUACACUCCAAGCCGGAAGGACAUCGGAGCCGCCAUGGGAACCAUGCGUGGUUGCAUCAUGGUUCUCGUAAAAGAGCACGAAGAAUACAAGGACUUGUAUGAUGAAGUCAAAAGUGAAAUCAAACUGUUAGGACAUCCAUUGUAAUUUUAAGCUAGAAGAUAAGUGUUAAUUUGGGCAAGUUUACUGACAGUUUUGGUCUUUUCUAUAUUUGGUAUAUUCUAGUGGACUCCAAGUGACACUGGUGUCCUUUGAUCACCUAGUGUUGUGAUAAAUAGUCCACUUUGAUCACCUAGGUGAUCUUAUCAAUGGGUGAUCAAAGGACACCAAAAUGUCGCCUGAAGUCUACUUUGAUCACCCAGGUGAUCAAAUUGACCAGUUUUACUUCAUAGACACUAAAAACACUAAUAACCCAGUAAAAAGAUGUUACUUUUCUGAUAAUGUGAACUUGUUUUAAUUAGCAAUAAAAAUAGAUUUUUAAAAGCCAAGUGUUGACAACAUUUGACAAAAUACCUAAUUUUAAGUUAAUGUUAAGUAAUUACUGUAAAAUCUUUCAAUAACAGAAUGCAGUUAUGUAAAUGGAAUAAAUAUCUUUACCAUCA